GCCGGGGACCAAUCAGGGACGGCGAUUUCAAACUUGUGUCUGCCUUUGUCAUAACGAACGACGAGGACCAAUGUUUCGGCCAGCGGAGUGCCGUGUGCGUGUUUAUUUCCCUAAGUUAAGUGGCACAUCCUCACCCCUACACCUGGAAUCAAUGAGGAACACGUAGAGAUAAAGAGUAAAUCUUCCUGUUCACCUCACAUCAUCAGUACAUCAUCAUCACCACCCAUCUCACCACCACUACCACCACUACCACUACCCUCACCACCCCACUGCCACCACCACCCCCACCACCGCCAUGGAUCUCUACCUGCCCAGCACGGAGCCCGGCCUCACCCUCCAGGAGAUGAUUGACUGCGACAUCAAGUGUGGCAUGGAGUUCAGCGAGGGUCUGGACUCCAUGAUCACCACCUCCGAUCUCAACUCCCUUGACCUCUCCGGCAUGUCGUCACUCGAGGCAGAGCUCGACCUCAAGUCCUUUGAACCACUCUUUGACCCCCUGGAGAAGCUGGAGGACAUGGACGUUGCCGAGGACCACACCGCCGAGGAGCUGAACGUGGUCAACUCCUGGAUGAACAUGUCCUCCAUGAGCAACUAUAGUCUAGACCUAGAGAAUAGCGUCAUGGUGAACCCGUCGGCUGUGCUGCCCAACACCCUCCCCUCUCAAAGUACAAGGCGCACAGAGCCAUCAACGCCCCUCAGUACAUCAGUCUCAAGUACAAGCACCGCCACCACCACAACCCUCUACAUCAAGGCUGAGCCCAAGGACGCCAGCAGCACCACCACUUCUGUCCAGACCCCUCAGUCCCAGGCCGGGAGUGGACCCAUAACAACCCAGGUUACUGUAGUGCGGCCUCAAACCGCCUCUGGCCAGAGUGUGCGCCAGCAAAGUUCCUUGGUGUCCGUUCAGUCCAGCCAGUCCCCCUCCCAGCCUUCUGUGGUGACCAGACCCACCCUGGCCACCUCCCAGAUGGUAGUACAAACAACGCAGCGCACGCCUCAGCAGCUAACCUUCGCCUCCACCGCCACUACCACAACACCCACCACGACACCCAUCAUCACCGCACGCACCACCACCUCCCAAACUAUUUUAAGCAAUAGAUACAAGAGCACAGGCAAGCCAAGGAAGGAAGUUCAGCCCGAGGAGAGAAUGUUCCCCAAGCCUGCCUAUUCCUACUCCUGCCUCAUUGCUCUUGCCCUGAAGAACAGCACCACUGGCAGCUUGCCUGUCUCUGAAAUAUACAGUUUUAUGUGUGAGCACUUCCCAUACUUUCGGACUGCCCCUAAUGGAUGGAAGAACUCUGUCCGCCACAAUUUAAGCUUAAACAAGUGCUUUGAAAAGAUUGAAAAGCCUGUUGUGGCAGGAAGCAACCAGCGUAAGGGAUGUUUGUGGGCACUGAACCCAGCCAAGGCACACAAGAUGGAUGAAGAGGUGCAGAAGUGGAGUAAAAAGGACCUGCAGGGGAUCAAGGAUGCAAUGCAGUAUCCUGAAGUGCUGGAAGCCUUAGAGCGAGGAGAAAUGAAGUUUGAGUCCAAUGGGUGUGUGUUGUCGUGCAGCGAAGACGAGGACGAGGAUGAAGAGGUGGACCCCCUGAGUAUUGAUGCGCCAGCAACUACCACCGUGGGCACAGUCAAGAUUCUGAACCCCCUCACCUCCCCAACCAUCGUCACCUCCAGCCAGCGGGGAACCUCCACAGUGGUGUCAAGCCAGCAGCACCAACAACAUAUCAGACAAACGGUGCAGAACGGCCGCACCACCCUGGCCUCCCCCCACCCCACCACCCGCACCACCUACACCACCCAUACCCUCAAGCGCAACACAAGCCCCCUCUCCAGCGAACCAGAGUUCAUUCUUCCAGACAUUCUUCCAGACUCGAGCAUGACAGAAAUCAGUCUGCAGUCCAAUGGUGCUCUGGUGGAUGAUCUCGGCAAUGAAAUCAAGACCGAGGGGGAAGCCACCAUCCAGGGCAGCCAGUCCUCCCGCGGCCUGGUGGUGCGCAAGCUGCCAGGCGUCACUCCUCUCAGGUCAGCCACUGUGCGUGCCAACUACAUGUACACACCCACGAUCUCAUCCCCUCACCAGCAGCACACCCUCAACAGACUUGUGCUGACCAACGGUAAGCUGUCAUAGUGAGGUUGAUGCUGUCCCCUGUCUCUCCCUCCCUUCCGUGUGGAACAGAGUCCGUGUGCAUCCCUGCAAGGAGCAAAUGUGUGCUCGGGUGUCCUUUGUGUGUGUGGUGGCCGGGUCUGGCGUGAGUAGUGUGCGUCACGUUGCUGUAGUGUGUGUAGCUGGUUGCCAACGUUCAGGAAGUACAAUAAUUCUGGUGGAGAUGAACAUGUCUGUCUGUCCUGAAGUUAGGAUUAGCCGGUGCUGAAUGGUUGCUUCCCUGGCAAUAGGAUUGUCCGGAAGAGAAAAUGCCAUUAUGCAUAAAAUCUUCCAAUUAUGGUUUUGUCAUGCCUUAUGAAAAUGGUCAUAUUUGUUUCAUGUAUCUGAGUGGUCCUAUCUAUUUAGGCAGCAUUCCACUGGCCUAAGUAUUCAGAUGUAAAUUUGAAGGUUAUCAAGGCAGUAAAGAUUCUCUCAAGGGUGGUGCUCCACUAGGCAGUUUUCUCUAGAAUGUUUGAGUUUUACAGAAAAGUAUUAAAAUACUCUACCUUCAUUCAUUUCUUCCUUAUAGUGCAAAUCCCAACCUAGUAUUCCAAAAUAUUUGUACCUUUAUCUAAUUAACUGUAUAUAAAUUGUGAUAACUAAUAAUCAUAGGUUGUUAAGUAGAAGGUGUUUAAUGUGCCCUUUACUGUGGCAUGUAAGAAGGUGCAAAACAUUAUGGCAAGCCUCAGCUGAUGAAUGUGGUGUUGUAACUUUGUGCAACUGAAACAUUGUCUGAGUCCUGUGAUAAUCCUUUUACUGAGACCGGGGUAACUUAUGUACCUGAGAGAGUGUAAUAGUACGAUAGCAGGAGCUCAUGUAUUCUGAUUAUUUCUCCCAUUCAUUAUCUUCCUUCCUCAAACCAUAUGGAUUUAUAUAUAUACUUUUAAUUUUUUUCAGUGAAUCAAGCUUGAUUAUGCAGUGGUUGAAUUUGGUUAGUAUUUAUGAUGGAGGACUUUUUAUGACUCGCACAGUCUUGUGAUAUUAUUUGGUCACUUUUUGUUUGUUAGAGGAAGUAGGACCAGCAAGGUCUGUACGUGUGCAGCAUAGACUUUUGUAUUUAAUAUUUAUGGAUCCAGAAUUCUGUUUUGAGUUUGCAAAUGGUUAGGAUGAGGUGUUACUCUUGUGCUAUUACAAUUCAAGAUGUACAACUCACGUGUGUUUUGUGGGAGUACAGUGCAGUUUGCAGUCUCUCUCUGAUGUAAAUGUCCUAUGUAAUAUGUAUAUUUAGUGAUGAAGGAAUCAGUGGAUUCAUCUUAUUGCUCUCAUGCAAGAUCAGAGAUACAACUUGGGCAGUUUCUAUGCUCUGGCAAGCCCUUACUCUUUCUAUAUCAAUUGAAAGUUUCAUCUUAAAAUUUAGGCUAUUUUCACCAGUUGAAUUUCCUACUGUUUUACUUAUCAAAGUAAUGAAUGAGACUACUUCCUGUAAAUUAAUCUUGUACAAGGUCUCCUCAGGAGGUGGCCUGAAACAAGAUGUUUAAGCUACAAGUUCAAGUUUUACUACAAGGCAGUCUAUUUUUGCUAAAAUGGGUCACUAAUGCUAUGUCAACCUGUUUCCACAAUUAUCCAGGUGAGAAAUUACUUUCAACCUCUUUGUCUAGUCUUCUGACAGCCAAGGUGAGGAACAGUUGUUCAGGUGUCAGGUUUCCAGGAGUUGUAGAUGUUUUAACUUUAGAAUUUGUUUGUGUGGCUUUAGCCAUUCUGUAUUGUGUAAUUACAAGUUAAGAGGGCCAGGAGUAAGGAAAACGGGAAUCCCAUCAUUAGUGGCAUGAGUAAUGGUCUGGUUGGGCCCUGUUUAUUUACUUGUUAGCCUUGUUUGUGUGCUGAGAGUGACUGUGGAUCCCCACAAACAUGUAAUUGUUCCUUUGUUGUGGCUUGCAAGCUUGUGAAUGAGAAUCACCCUAAUCUUUUGUUACUUCACAAAGUUUUGUUUCACAAUAUAACACAUGGAUUUUUAUUUAAGGCUAAAAUAUCAUUUCUUUUAAUCUCAUGAUUUUAAGAUAAUCAUAGGAAUGAGGUAAUGAUGGACUUCGGUUGGUAAUACACAAAAAAUAUUUAUGAAAUUAUGCAGCUAUAUAAACUGAAUUAGAAUACAAAAUCAUUAUAGUAUACUUUUCAUUAAAUUCCAAAUUGCAGUGUAUAAUUGCUCUUGCAAGAUUUUAAAAAUUGUUUAUCAGCUUUGCUGAAUGUAGCACUGCUGAGAUUCAGGCGCCAACAUUCCAUGGCAGUGAGGGACUCCCCUCGCUGCCAGAGCCAGCAUGCUCCAAGCACUCACUGGGAGGGGCCAGAGUAUGGGGUUCACCUGGAGCCGUCACCUGUGGUGUGCAUGGCAUCGUUCGUCAUGUGGUAUUUGCUCCACCUGUCAGGCCCAGUGAAUGACCUUCAUGACAGAAAAUAAAGGUUUUAUCAUUUUACUGACGGAGAACAGAGUUACUUUCAAGUGCUCAGACUUUGAGUACUUCACUGCCAUUUUUAUUAAUUUUGGGUCCAUGUUUUUGUUCAUUUUCAUUUAAAAUCACUGGUCAUUCAGUUCUGUUCGUCUUUCUUACAUAGGCUACACAAGUACAAAAAAGUUCCAAUGGGUUUUAAAUGAAGAAAUUCUUCACAAGCAAAGAACCCACUGCUUACCCUCUUGCCUCCCAGCUGUGUGCUUUCAUCUGCACAGGAAGGUUUCUUGAGUGCUUGAAACAUAAUGGCCAAGGAGACUGGCCUGCACAAUCAUGUAUAAGGGAAAUGUAAAACCUCUCGUUACUUUUCCACCAAAGACAUGCUUCAUCAUGUCUCCCCACCCCAUGUAAUGGUAAGCUGGGGAUAGGAUGGUAAUGCAUUGAACAUUUUAUGUACAAACUUUUGUCACUCUGUUGGUUGUUAGAAUGUGUGUGGGUCAAUGAGUGUGGGUGUUCACUAUGCAGGUGUUGGCAGUUGAGCCUGUCAUUCACACCACUGUGAUGUGCUGCCAACACUUGUCACCAAGACGGUGGUUCAGGAUCCACAGGAUGUUGGGGAAGAGGAUGUUGCUGUCCAUAAAUCUUGUCACUUCUCACCUAACUGUGGCACACAGGCUCUUCCCAAUAUAGUUCUCUGUUCUUUUAUACAGCAAUCCUUCUUUAGGGAAAUUAAGGGGACACUACUCUUCAGAACAGGAAUUCACACCAUCUCACUCAUACAGUUGAGAAUCUAGGUUUUUGGAUUAUGAUCAUUUCCACCCGCACCCACCUCAAUAUAAGAGAAAGCCCACACCCUUGACUGUUCUCUGGGGUAUUAAGUUAUUCAGAGGUCAAAUUAGUUUCGGUGAUGGCCUGUAGUCCUCCCUCAGGCCGUAGCCCAUGAAUUGUUCCUUCUUCCACUAAUGGUUUGAUACUUCUUUCAUUUCCUUCCCCCAUUAGGAGCUUAUAAUGAGAUCUGGUGCAAGUGUCCACUCCAGCACGCAGUCUCUCCAUAAAGUGCUAGUCGUUCAUUGUUUUGACUAAUUCUUGUAUGUGCAACAUGUAAAUCAUAAGAAUUAGGAAUCAGAUCUCCAUUAGAUCAUAAAUGUUGAAUAAAAAAAUGUAAUCUGAGUAGAAGUAAUCAUUAUAGAUGCUAUUAACAUGAAAUCUUCCUAAUUAUAAGCAAAGCAAAUUUAGCUUUUUUAUACUUUUGUAUGUUGCCUUUUGUACAUAAUACUUCCAUUCUUUUAAUUUCUGCUACAAAAGUGCUCCUACACCACGAGCGCCAAGUAACCCAGCAGAAACACUGGCCCAGAAUGAUCUUGGCUGUAAAUAUUGUAUUAUUCAUAGAUUUUUGUAUGAAAUGUAAUUAAAAUAAAAAAAGCUC